ACUCUUAACUCAGUUCUGUGUUGCCUACCGUCGGUCGUGCAUGCCUUCGGACGGCCGACUGAGGCGCGCGCUCUGCCCGAAAACUUAUAAAGUAAAUAUCGGCCAGUUACUUUUUAAAAAAUCAAAAACAUCGUGGCCAGUUUUGUUUUAAAAAAGUUUAUUUGGUUUUUAAUUUUGUCGUUCCAUUUUCGAAAGUAUUUUAGUUUAUAUUAAAAAUGUAUUAGAAUUUUGGUGAUAUCGCGAAAUAAAUGUGACAUUUUUGUUACUUUCUUGUGGCGAAGACUGGAGAAUGUUUUUGUUGUGAAUACAAAAUUACUGAGUUGUUCAAAGUGUGUGUUUUAAUUGUUAACAGUUAAUGAAGGAAUAGUUGAACCAGUGCCAAUCGUGCGUGGAACAUGACGCAAAACCCAUACAACGAGACAUGAUAAACAAAACUAUGAAAUAACCAUGAUGUCCAAACAACUGCAGACCAUCGCUAUGAUCAUUCUCUGCAACUUCUGCUUGAGCUCCAAGCAUGACUACCAACCAAACAUAAGGAGCAAGCGUUCUAUCGACAACACGACCAUCGAAGAUUACAACACAACAGAGCAAGACAACAUAACUGCUAUCGAACUUAGCAGGUUUGAAUACGAGAAUGUCACAGAAGAAUGUGUUGGUGACAAGGAUUUCUGUAAUAUGACUAAAGAAGAAUAUAUGGCAAUGCUUAAUGACUACAUCUUUCCUCAACCUUAUGAAUGGGUGUUGAUAGCAACGCAUGCUAUAGUUUUCGUUAUCGGAUUGAUAGGGAAUGCCUUGGUCUGCAUCGCUGUCUACAGAAACCAUUCUAUGAGGACUGUGACGAACUACUUCAUAGUGAAUUUGGCCGUGGCGGAUUUUAUGGUGAUACUUAUUUGCCUACCCCCUACGGUGCUGUGGGAUGUUACUGAGACCUGGUUCUUCGGCACUGCCAUGUGUAGGAUCGUGCUUUAUUUUCAGUCUGUGUCCGUGACGGUGUCCGUGCUGACGCUGACGUUCAUCUCGGUGGACCGCUGGUACGCGAUCUGCUUCCCGCUCAAGUUCAAGUCGACCACCAGCCGCGCCAAGACCGCCAUACUCAUCAUAUGGCUGCUGUCUUUGUUGUUCAACGUACCUGAGUUCGUGGUCCUUCAAGUGCAGAGGAAGAUGCAGCUGCGUUUCAACGCGCAGUACUUCAUGCAAUGCGCCUCCACGUGGUCGGAUGAGAGCGAGCUCAAGUGGAACAUCAUCAAGGCGCUGUUUUUGUACACGUUUCCCCUACUUCUAAUGAUGAUCGCGUACUGCCAAAUCGUGAGGGUCCUGUGGAGAUCAGACAACAUCCCUGGACACACGGAGUCUCACAAGUUAUGCAACCCACCGACUGGACCUAACAAUUGGCUGGCCGCCAACCGCCGUGCCACUCCAUCUAUACACACGAACGCAUCCACUGAAGGGCAGCUCCGGUCCAGAAGGAAAGCAGCCAAGAUGCUGGUGGCAGUGGUGGCCAUGUUCGCCGUCUGCUACUUCCCUGUGCAUCUUCUGUCUGUGCUUAGAGUGGCCUACGAUGUCCGACAAAGUGACGUGAUGACUUGCAUAGCCCUUAUAUCCCACGUCAUGUGCUAUGCCAACUCCGCUGUUAAUCCACUCAUUUACAACUUCAUGAGCGGCAAAUUCCGCCGAGAAUUCCACAGGUCGUACUUCAAAUGCUUCUGUUGCUGCCACACACCAGCCCCUGACCAGAACGGGACUUCGUUCGCCCCCAUCGGCAGUUCCAGAGCGGGAACAACCAGGACCAUAGUCCGCAGAAACGACUCCUGCGUCAGCUACAGGCUCACCCACCUCUCGCCUUCAAACCACAACAUACAUCGGGACUACAUGAGGAACACCAACACCUCUUUCAUCGAUCAAAUGAAUGGAAACCGACGGCCGAAGAUUCGAGACGAUUCCAUCAGCGAAUCAGGUACCAGGUUCAGGGUGAUAAUGCAGAUAUUGGGGAGCGGCAUAGCGAUUGCUACGACUACAGGCAGAAUGAGGCUAAAGAGCUCUAUAAUGGCGAUGAGACGAAAGGUUUUAAGUUCAAAUUCAAUAGAAGUUUGAAUAUUUGUCAGAUUAAGAAUAAAAGGAAGGUUAAUAUGGCGUAUUAGUGUAUAAAGUUUAAGAUUCUAUGUAAAUACUUUACCGAGUUACGUCAACUCGUUAUUCAUAUAAGUUUCAACUUUUUUUGUAUAGAGUUAAGACUAAAUUUAGAAUAAAUGUCUAUGUGUG